AUGAUGAUGAUAAGAAGAGCAGAGAAAGAACUGAAUGCAGAUGAACUAAUCAGCAGAAGAGAUGAUACCUCACUGCAAGGCAUGGCUGCUACUGCCGCGGCUGUAAGAGAUGCAGAAGAAGAAGAAGAUGUGACAAUGAAAGCAGUGCUCUCACAGCUCAUUGAUGCUGCUGUCUCUGCCUUUAACUGA